ACGAGAGAAAGAAUGACUCAGCGCCUCAAGCGGAAUGCUACGUUGUGGUCUAGGGUAUUCAGCACUUCCACCCGUAUCUCUACGAGCAGAAGUUCCUCCUCGUAACGGACCACGAGCCCUUGCCGACACUCAAGAAAUUGACAAACUACACAGGAAUGAUUGGGCGAUGGGUAGUGAGGCUGCAGGAGUACGAUUUUGACAUCGUCCAUCGGAAGACGGAGAGACACGGAAAUGCCGAUGGAUUGACACGUCUACACAAGCCAGGCAAGGUGCCACGCGGCGAGGAGAUCACUCCGUGGAAGGAACCAGAGCAGCCCAAAGGACCCGGGUACGGCCAGUGGACUAGAGACAACAUUCACCCCGCCACGAACGAGGACGUGGAAUUACUCAUUAUUCCGGCGUGGAGAACGGCGGUGGAAGGGGAUUUAUUGGGAUUCGUCUUCAGGUCAGUGGAGGCAGGACAUCGACAGCCGAUCGUCGGGGAACUAUUGAUCCUCCUGACGCAGCUGCUGGACGAUUUGCCGAUUGACAUCGUCUCGCAUUGCGAUGAGAGCCCGACGCCACAUAUUCUCUCGCGCACCCUUACGCCAUAUCUACAGCGGUCGGCGUGCUUGGAGGGCAAUUGGGACAACCGUAGUUACCCGUCACAUGGUAACUACCUAAACCCCCCGGAGAUAAUCGACCUUCUCUUCGCGGAUCGAGGGGAGCAGAAGUCAGAAGAAGAAGAAGAAGAAGAAGAAGAAGAAGAAGAAGGGGAAGAGGGAGACGAAUCGAAAAACACCCCCAAAGAGGACGAGUAUUACAGCGAGCACAGUGAGCAUGAGUCGGGGGCAAUAAGCGAAGAGGAGGAGGAGGACGAGAGCGAGGAAGAAGAGGCGAGACAGGCGAGAACACAGGAAGUGAACCCUGCUGAAACCGAGCAACGCCGGACACAAAUUGCGGAGGGAAAGCAUACGUUGGGAUUGAUUUGCCGAUCCUGGACGAUCCGACCUGAGAUCCGGAGCCGUCAACGGAGGAAGAUGAGCGUUGUGCCCUAGAAACUUCGAGCGCGCUGACACGGAGGCAACGAAGCCGAUCCCCCUCCCCCUCCCCCCGUCCCUCAGUUCGAGCACGUGCCGA